CAAGAAUGGGAGCUAAUGCAUCUGGAAAGAUUAUUUGAAUAUAUUUUGCUCUAUAAGGAUGGAGUGAUGUUUCAGAUUGAACAAGCCACCAAGCAGUGCUCCAAGAUCACCCUGACGGACCCCUGGGACCCUCUAGACAUUCCUCAGAAUGCGACCUUUGAGGACCAGUACUCCAUAGGGGGACCCCAGGAACAGAUCACUGUCCAGGAGUGGUCCGACAGAAAGUCAGCUAGAUCAUAUGAAACCUGGAUUGGCAUUUAUACAGUCAAGGAUUGCUAUCCCGUCCAGGAAACCUUCACCAAAAAUUACAGUGUGAUAUUGUCCACGCGGUUUUUUGACAUACAGCUGGGUAUUAAAGACCCCUCGGUGUUUACCCCGCCGAGCACCUGCCAGAUGGCCCAGCUGGAAAGGAUGGGUGAGGAUUGCUCCUGGUAAGCCCGUGAGCACAGAAGUGGUGGCCUCCGACGUCAUCCCCACCUCGAGAGGGAUUUGAGGCUUUUGAGAAACGAGAACCUUCACUGGAGAUAAAUGUCAUCAUUGUAGGAAGAUGCACAUCGAUAGGGGGUUCUUUGUAUAUACGAUUUUUUUGACGAUUCAAGCUUUGUUUACAGAAGGGAGUGGACUGGAGAAUGUGUGGUGACAGGAAUGGGAAGAGAGGGCAACCCUGGGGAUUUCAGACAGGUGCACAGCCUGUGCGGGCGCUGUCUGCUUCUGCGUGUGCAGGUGCAUUUAAGUGUGCUCUCUGUCUGUGCAGGUGUAUCCAAGCGCACUGGCGUGCACGGGCGGGGGUCCGCGGGAGCACUUUGCCUUGGCAGGGAGGAGUGUUUCACUACUGACUUGACUGAGGACUGCUGGACUGCUGCCACGUGGUGGUGAUAAAAUGCAGGACGAUUUUGGUCAGCUGUACUAUAAAUUUUUAUGUGCUCUACAGAUAACAGCUCCUUUAUUGCCCGCACCGGGGUGGUGACUGCUCCCCCAGCCCCGCCUCCUGCUCCCGUGGCCACUGACAAAGUGAUUCCUUAAAAUCCCUUCCAGACAUAAGGGCUUUAUGGCAUGACCCCACUGAUGGAAAUGUGGGGAGGAAAUGAGAGGCCAUAAUGCAAAGUAAUGAUUCCUCCAAGAGACACUGUAAACAAGAGGGUUUGAAAAUCUUAACGUCUGUACCUGGGUAAGCAUGAGCCACGUAUGCUUCCUUUUUUUCUAUGCAAGAGUAUUGAUAUGUAUGUGCCGAAUGGCCACAUAUUUGUCAGGGGACCUAGAAAGAUGGAUAGUAUUCUCCAAAUAGCAUCGAAUUGGAAGUCAGGAGACUGCUGUCUUCAAAAUCCAGGAGUGGAGUUCCUUUGUACUUGAACUCCUUGGGUUAACGAAAUGCACUGUGCUUUCCCUCACCCGGGCCUUCCCGGGGCACUGUUUCACAACCUGUUUGUCUAUACGAGCUCCGUGUAUCCCUGCCAGCUCAGCUCGCACUUGACCUUCAGAGAGCAGCUCCUGAGCCUGGAUCGGGUGCCCCCGAUAGCUUGAGCACGCUGUUCUCACAACACUGCCUCGGCCGUGUGUUAAUUUCCUGCUUACUGGACACUAUUGCCCACUAGCCUGGCUACGAGCUCCCUGAGUACGGGUACCACGUGGUGUUAGCUUUUAUAUGCCCAGCACCGAGUAAGUGCCUGGCACAUGGUCAGUGCCCUAAACAUUUGUAGAGUGGACGAUGCCAGCCUGUCUGGUCCUUAGUUUCCUCAUCUGUUCAAGGGUUGGGUUGGGUUUGCUGACCUCUGGGGAGAGUCUCAGUAAUAAAAUGCAUUAUUCUAGAUUCUUCUGCUAUCGUGUUUCAUCUGGCUAUCAUCUGUUAGUAGGAGAAACGUGUGACAUCUAUAACAUGCUGAAAACAAUCUGUACUACAGUUUAUUUCAAUAAACAGAUUUAAUCGCA